CUCCCCAGCACCGCCAGACGUGCCGGGAGUCACAGGGUAGAACACGUAGCGCCAGCCACCCACUCGCUCCCAUUUAACCCAGCCUGCCGCCUCCCAGCGACUCCUCAGCUCGCGCCCUGCCCCGGCCGCGCGGAGAUGAGCAGCGCGCCCUGAGCCGUCUGCAGCCCCGGAGCCGGUCCCGACGCCAGCGGGGUUCUCCGAGGAGCUCGCCGCGCACCCGGCGCUGACCGAUUUCGCUGCUUUCGGCGAGGCUAAGUUUCAGCAGAGCCCCCCCUGCAAAGCCUCCCAAGCUGCAAUGGAAAUGAUCCCCAGCGCCCAGCCCCCUCCCGCCUGCCUGGGCAAGCUGCCUGCGCUGGAGAGCAACGAGAUGCCCGGGCUGGCCUUUUCUCACAUGUAUCAAGUGUACAAGCCCAGGAGAGGGUUAAAAAAAAGUGAAGACAAUAAGGAGACCUAUAAAUUGCCCCACAGACUGAUAGAGAAGAAGAGACGUGAUAGGAUUAAUGAGUGCAUCGCCCAACUGAAAGAUCUCUUACCAGAACAUCUCAAACUUACAACUUUAGGUCAUUUGGAGAAGGCGGUGGUUCUUGAACUUACCUUGAAGCAUGUGAAAGCACUAACUAAUCUCAUUGAGCAGCAGCAACAGAAAAUAAUUGCUUUACAGAAUGGUUUACAAGCUGGUGACUUAUCAUCGAGAAACCUUGAUACCAGCCAGGAAAUGUUUCAAUCUGGUUUCCAGAUGUGUGCCAAGGAAGUGCUGCAAUACCUGGGAAAGCAUGAGAACACCAGGGAUCUGAAAUCUUCUCAGCUGGUCAGUCAUCUGCACCGAAUGGCCUCUGAGGUUCUCCAGGGCGGAGCCAGCCGAAAAGCUGGAGAUGCGCCCCUGAAAACGGUGGACUUGAAGGAGAAGUCUGGCUCUUUGCCCAAAACUGCUGAGGGUUAUGGCAAGAACUGUGUGCCUGUUAUACAGAGGACUUUUGCACACUCCAGUGGAGAGCAGAGCGGGAGCGACACAGACACAGACAGUGGGUAUGGAGGAGAGCUGGAGAAAAGUGAUUCAAACGCUGAUCAACAGUAUUUUCCAAAGGAUACGGGACUCAACUAUACCAUGCAAGAGAGAAUAAGCUCUAUUAAGCAAGAGACUGAGGACCCACCAGCCAAAAGGACCAGAAUGGAAACUUCAGAAGACGAAGGCCAUUUUAGCAGUGAUCUGAUUGGCUCUUCAAGUAGUUUUUUGGGCCCUCACCCUCACCAGCCUCCUUUGUGCCUGCCUUUUUAUUUGAUCCCACCAUCCGCAACUGCCUAUCUGCCUAUGCUGGAGAAGUGUUGGUACCCGGCUUCCAUGCCUGUCUUGUACCCAAGUCUCCCAGCCUCUGCUGCAGCACUUUCAGGGCUAAUGAACCCAGAUAAAAUCUCUCCAUCUCUCCUGAUGCCUCAGAGACUUCCUUCUCCACUACCAGUCCAUUCCCCUAUCGACUCCUCAGCUCUGCUUCAAGCUUUGAAGCAGAUUCCUCCUUUGAACUUGGAAACCAAAGACUAAGCACAGUGUGACCGUUUUUCUUUUUCUUUUCUUUUUUUUAAGUUUGAGGCUCUUUCAGUUUUAUAUAUCGGCUGGACUGAGGUGUGGGGAUAAAGGUUCAUUGAGAGUAGGAAGCAAAAUCCACUUUUCUCUGACUUGUCAGAUAGCGUGGGAAAGGAUGAAGGAUGCACCCAGGUUAGCCAUUUGGGGGAGUUUAAAAGGAAAAAAAAAAAAAAAGGUUUUCUUUGUGCUUUACCCUUUACUCUCCCCAUCUA